AUGCAGACCGUUGCACCAGAUGUCCAGAAGAUCAGCAUCCAAACAAGGAGCGAGAUCAAUGUGUCUUCAAGUUUAUCACCUUUCUCUCCUAUCAAGAAACUUUGGGGAUCACCCUGAUCUCCUUUGUCCUACUCUUGUCCUUAAUUACUGGUCUUGUGUUAGGAAUAUUUCUCAAAUUCCUAGAAACUCCAGUCGUCAAAGCCAACAACCGGGACCUCUCCUUCCUUCUCCUCGUCUCCCUCCUGCUUUCCUUUGCAUCCUCCUUCCUUUUUAUUGGCCAGCCAACGAAAGCCACCUGUCUCCUCCGACAAACAGCCUCCAGCCUCAUCUUCACAGUUGCCAUCUCUUGUGUCUUGGCCAAAACCAUCACUGUGGUGCUGGCCUUCCUGGCCACCAAGCCGGGGAGCAGGACAAAGAGGAGGCUGGGGAGGACUCUGUCCAACACCAUCGUCCUUUCUUGCUCUGGUGUUCAAGGGGUGAUCUGCUCCAUCUGGUUGGGCAUCUCCCCGCCAUUCCCGGAUUCCAACCUCCACUCCCAGCCCGGAGAGAUCAUCCUGCAAUGCAAUGAGGGGUCUGUGGCCAUGUUCUACACGGCCCUUGGCUACCUGGGUCUCCUGGCUACCGUCUGCUUCGUGGUGGCCUUCCUGGCCAGGAAGCUGCCUGGGGCCUUCAACGAGGCCAAGCUGAUCGCCUUCAGCAUGAUGGUUUUCUGCAGUGUUUGGGUGUCUUUCAUACCCACCUACCUGAGCACCAGGGGGAAGUACAUGGUGGCCGUCCAGGUCUUCUCCAUCCUGGCCUCCGGGGCUGGGCUUGUGGGCUGCAUCUUUAUCCCCAAGUGCUACAUCCUUGUGCUGAGGCCUCACCUGAACACCAAGGAGCAUCUCAUGAUGAAAUGUAACAAAAAGAAAACUAAUCUUAAGAAAUUCUGA